AUGAAACGUCUAUUUCUUCACAUUUCAUUCUUUCAUUUUUGUUCGUUCAUUUCAUAUUUCUUCAGUGAUUUCUCCCUUUCUUUCAUGUCUUUCUUUCUAUCUUUCUUUUUUCUUUCUUUCUUUCUUUACAUAUUCUUCCUAUUGUCUUUUGCGUAUUUGUUUUCCCAUUCUUUUUUUCUUUCUUUCUUUCUUUCUUUUUUCUCUUUCCAUGAACGUUUUCUUUUAUUUUCUUUUUUCCUGUCAUUUUUAAUCAUUAUCUUUCUUUCAUUUGAUUAUUUUUAUUUUUUCCUUUUCCAUGAACGUUUUCUUUUAUUUUUCUGUCAUUUUUUUUUUCUUUCUUUCUUUCUUUCUUUCUUUCUUUUCUUUCUUUCUUUUCUUUCUUUCUUUUCUUUCUUUGUAGUUUAUCUAUUUUUUCUCUCUAAUUUACUCAAUCCAUUUUCAUUCCCUUUCUUCCUUUUUUGCCUUUUCUGUUCAUAUCUAUCUAUCUAUCUCAUUCUGUUCAUAUCUAUCUAUCUAUCUCAGUCUGUUCAUAUCUAUCUAUCUAUCUAUCUAUCUAUCUAUCUAUCUAUCUAUAUAUAUAUAUAUAUAUAUAUAUAUAAAUUUGUUAUAUAUAUUCUAUAUAUAUAUCUAUCUAAGUUUGUUCAUAUCUAUCUAUCUAUUCAUCUAUCUAUCUAUCUUCAUCCAUUUAUCUAUCUCAGUCUGUUCAUAUCUAUCUAUCUAUCUAUCUAUCUCAGUCUGUUCAUAUCUAUUCAUCUAUCUAUCUAUGUUCAUCUAUCUAUCUAUCUAAAACACUAG